AUUACAAUGGAAAGGAAGGGUGUUGAUCCAGCAGUUGCACCAUUUGCUAAAGCCCCUGGGGAGAUCGAAGGUUUGGGACUUAGGGAGGGAGCAAAUCUCGUUAAAGUGCUGAAUGCACAGCUGUUGAUGCUUUCAAUCAUGCUGGAGAAAAUAUUAGUUUUUGCAACCCGGAGCCCUUCCAAAAUGUUGACCUUGGUAUGGUUUCUUUAUAUUGGUGCUAAUUGUUGUGGAGUCUUUUUGCACAGUAUCAAUAAAUUAAUUGGUCUCACUCUGCUUUCUCGUUAUGUAGCCAAUGCAAUCAACAGUACUAUAGUUUCUAUAUACCUGUCUUCCUCAGUGUGUUAUCCAAUUACUCUGACCUUUGCCAAUCAUAUACUUGCUGUCAGGGAAUGAAAAAGUGGAUCAUGUAAAUCAGGCAAAUAACAUGUAUCUAUUUCCGGGGUUAGUGCUAAUG